UAUAUAUUUAUACGUUAACAGAUUACUAUACAGUACUAUAUACUAUAUAGCUUAGUAUUGAAUUCCGUGUAUCGAUACGAUAUAAGUCUGUGCCACCACCGUUAGGUUAAUGUUCCGGAUAUAAGAGUUGUGGGGCAAUGGUAGUACCUGCCUCUGUGCGUAGCAGGUAUGCGAUGCGCAUGCGCAUGCGCCUUAGUGGCAUUAAACGUUUAACGUAUGGUCACCACUACAAUUCUUAUCGUGGCCUCGAAAAAGCCAUUAUCAGAUUCUCGUCGCCAUUGGCGCAGUCUUUUUGCUGGGGAUUAGAUGACGACGCUGUAGCUGUGACUGUUUGACCGCUGCAGCGCUACAGGAUAGAUACUAUUGAUACUAUAAUACAUUGAAAUCACAGUGUGCAACUGUUCAUUGCUCUCCGUACACAUAAUCUGAUCAGUUUCUAAGAAAAAGCGAUAAAAACGUACUUAAAAAUGGAUAAAAUAAAAAAAAAGUAUAACAAAAGUAGAUCCUCGAGUUUUAAAAAGAAACAUCCUAACAAAUUGUCCUCCGUUACAUUUAUGCCAUAUCGCCAAUAUGCAGAAGGGGAGAAAAGAGAUAAAGUUGUUGAAAAUAAUAAUUCAUCAUCUGAACCAGAUAAGGACUUUUUUAUUCUACCUACAUUCAAUAGUUCUUAUACAAACUGUUCAUGUUGCAAUGAAAAUGAUGGAAAAGAAAAAUUGUAUGAAUGCUGUGCCUGUCUUAGAAAAUAUCAUGAUAAUUGUCAUAUUCCCAUCAUUGUUUCCGGAAGUGAAAAAACAAAACAAUUGUGGCAGUGCACAAUGUGUGAGGAUAUGAAUGCUAUAUCAAAGAAUUUAGGCGAAGAUGAUGACCUAGAAAAUAUUUCAGUUGGCAAGGUUGGGCGAAAAAUCGCUGAGCGUAUUUUAAUGGAAUUUUACUGUAGAGUUGGAAGCAGUGAUAUUUUCAGAAAACUUCCAGAUGAAGAAGUUUGUCCAAUCUAUUAUACACGCGUUGUCCGUCCUAUAGCAUUAAAUAAUGUUAGAGAUCAUUUGAUUCGCAAAAAAAAUUACAAGCUCAGUGACAUUGUAGAAGAAAUAAAACAAAUAUUUGUUAAUGCUACAUUAUACUAUAAGGUCGAUGAUCCAAAUUUUGAUUUAGCAAGAAGAUUUAUAACUCAUCUACUCAGUUUGUACCAAACAUGGAUCAAUUUUCCCACAAGGGAUAAGGAGUGGACUGUAUACUGUUGAGAUUCAGGAUAAGAUGAUUAAUGGCUAUUUGCAUUAAAUAAUGGACUUUGGAUGUUAAACAAUUUUUGUUGAGGUGUUGCCCAUUAUUUUCUUUUUUAAUCAACAAUAAUAGUAAUAAUCUUUAUUUGUAAUCAGCGAUGUACAUGUAUUACAUAAUAAUAGCUUAAAGUUAUGGUUACUUAACAUUAACAUUUUUAUUUGAUAACUUGUAAGAUAAUCAUGAUUACUUAAUUGUGAUAAAAAUUGCCUAUAUUGAAAU